GUGCGUUGAACUCUCUCGUGGAUCCCUAGAAGCAGCCUGUGGACUAACUAAGUGCUCACAUUUUGUUGCUAGAUGGGUGAUUCGCUACGAAAACUACUACUACAUGACAUACACAACCAACGACAACAUCACAAUCCUCCGGAGCAGCAUCCUCACAGAUUGGAACAACGCCGAGGUGAAACUAGCCUUCAGCCCGCCGGCGAACACGUCGUACAGCUACGACCUGUGGGCGCCGGAGUUGCACAUGCUGGACGGGCGAUGGUACAUCAUCUUCACGGCGGACGUGGACGCGGACACGCCAUCCCCGGAGCAGGACAUGUACUGCGACUUCAGCUGUCCGGCGGUGAACCACCGGAUGUUCGUGCUGGAGUCGUCGACGUCCGACCCGUGGGGGAGCGAGUACAGCGUCAAGGCGGAGCUGGACACGUACAACCAGUUCGCGAUCGACGGGACGUACCUGGUGCACGCCACGGGGCUGUACCACGUGUACUCGUGCUGGGAGGCGCAGUACGUGUCGUGGCCGUCGAUGCUGUGCAUCACGCGCCUGGCGAACCCGUGGAUGGUGGUGCCGGGCCCGCCCUCGUCGCGCACGGUGAUCUCGCGCCCGGACCAGCCCUGGGAGCAGACGCCGUACAACCGCACCGUCAACGCGCGGCUGGCCUCCAACGAGGGGCCCCAGCAGCUGACCAACCCGGCCACGGGCCAGGUGUUUAUCAUCUACAGCGCCGCACGCAGCGACAACCGCAACUACUGCCUGGGCCAGUUGGAGCUGGCGGCGGGCGGCGCGGACCCCCUGGACGCGGCGUCCUGGACGAAACACACGGCCGGCUGCGUCUUCGCCCAAAACCCGGACGAGGAGGUCUACGGCGUCGGCCACGCCAGCUUCACCACCAGCCCCGACGGGUCCGAGCACUGGAUCGUCUACCACGGCAUGCGCGACUACCGCGAGGGCUGGACCGCGCGCACCAUCCGCGCCCAACGCUUCUCCUUCAGCGACGUCGACGGCUCGCCCCAGUUCCCCAGGCCGGGAAUCGGGCCGUACGCGGUGCCUGCGGGGCAGGAGUCAGGGACCGGGUCAGAGACGAGCAUUACUAGCGGUGGCAGUAGUGCUGCUGGGGGUGCGACGAGCGUGACCGGUGCGGCGUCGGGGUCUCCAACUGCGCAGAGCAUGUCGAGCUCAGCGGUCGUUUCCUCCACCUCCAGCUCUCUGGGGUCGACUUGCGUUACGGAUGGAAGCAGUGUCAACACCUAUCCUGCUUCCGCUUCUGCUUCCUCGCGUAGUGGAGGCUGGGGGACUGCCUCGACUCUGGGUGGGUGGCCGACGACGACAUGGAGCUGA